AGAUAGCGCCCAGUGUUAAACAUCAGUAUUAUAAAGGUCAGUACUUGUAAAAAAAGAAUUCAUUUAAGUUGUGAUUUUUAUACUAAUGACAACAUAAUAAAAGAAGCCAGACCGGGUGUUAACACUAUUUUAAAAAAUGUGUUUGUUGUUUAAAUAAGGUGAUAAAUGUUGCACCUAUGGCAAAGGGCACAGGCUGUGAUAGGCUAGAAAUAAAUUAAUGCCUACAGUAUAUCAAAAGGAUAUUCCUUUAAAUAGUUGGAUAAGGGUUGGGACAUGGCUAGGAUAUAAUGAAAUGCAUAUUCAAAAAAUGCAUACUAUUUCUAAAUAGUAGGGAAAGUCAGUUACAAUUCUACUCAUAGCUCUUUAAGGGCAAUUUUUUGUAUUAACCCAGGAACUCUUUAGAAGCCCCUGAUGGUUCCUUCACUAUACUAUACUAGAAAACUUCACUUGAGUUAUAUAAAAUUACUCAGGGUAAGAAAAAUCCAACUGUAAAGCAAGAAGAAAAAAAAUGUGCAGAAGGCAGUAGCCUUUUUAAAGAGUUGCUGCAGAAGAAAGUAAGGCAGCUUCCUGAGAUAACCCAAGAGAUCUUAUGUAAAGGAGGUCCUCAGAGCACUAAUUAAGGUACAGUGGCCAUAGCAGCAGUCUGUGCAGGCAAAUGCCACAGACACUUCAUAUAGUGUCUUCAGCAUGACACGCCCCUCUGGGCCCAAUGAAUCAGUUGCUGAGGUAAUAAUUGGGGGGGGGCUGCAGGUGGGCCCCAGUUCCAUUUGUACUGGAUUAACAGUUGGAGCAGCUGUUUCGCUGGGCCUAACUGAAGGGCCACUCACCCCUGCUUUAGUCUUGACAACUGCAUUCUGAUGCUCUAAAAUUAUGAUCACAGUUCCUUUUUUUAUAUUUUAUUACUUUAUUCCUUACAUUAUUGACCUGAAAUAUUAUCCUGGGCAUGAAAUAUGUAGGCGUGUAGCUGCAGGUGGGUUGAGUAAGAAGUGAUAAAAAAUGCAGGAAGUGUUAUUUACAGGACCAUUCAUAAAAACGCUUGCAGCUGAUAGUAAAAACUUGCUGGCAGUAGUGAGCUAAUGAGUGUAUGUAAGUAAGGAUGGUAAGAAACCUUUAUCCCCUUUUCAAGGUGCCGGAAUAACAAGUAAUGUUUUCCAGUUAAUUUGGUGGCUUAUUGCUCAACUCCCCUUUGAGAUUUGGUCAAGAAUGGACUCUUUAAGACACUUUACAAAGAUGCUCCAAGAAGGAGAGGCAUCCCCUAGAAUCUUCAAAGACCAGGAUCGAGGAUGGGCUUGGAUGGUCUUAAUUGCCACAGUGCUGGUUCAAAGUCUAACACUGGGUUUUCCUUCAUGCAUUGGAGUCUUCUUCAAGGAUCUGCAGCAUGAUUUCCACGCUACCAAUAGUGAGACAUCAUGGUUUCCCUCCAUCAUGACAGCUGUCCUCCAUGCAGGUGGUCCUCUUUGUAGCAUUUUGGUGGAUCGAUUUGGCUGCAGGGUAACAGUCAUGGUAGGAGGCCUGCUCAGUGGAGUGGGCAUGGUUGCCAGCGCUUUCUCUAACUCACUUAGUGAGCUUUACCUAACAGCUGGAUUCAUCACUGGCCUGGGAUCAUCUUUUAGCUUCCAAGCAGGUGUCACCGUACUUGGUUAUUAUUUUAUACAACGGCGAGCAUUAGCCAAUGCCUUGGCCUCCACUGGAAUCUCCAUUGGCAUGACACUGUGGCCACUAAUUUCCCAAAACCUGCUUGAUGAGAUGGGCUGGAGAAACACAUUUCUAAUCUUUGGGGGAGUGUUGCUGAACUGCUGCGUGUGUGGGGCUGUGAUGAGGCCAGUCCCAGGUAAGCUGUCUGCCCUUUCACUGAAAUCUUGUUCUGAACAGUCAGCUGGAGGAAUGCCCAAUGGAAACACUUCGCAUCAUAAAGAACCAUGUCAGUCAAGAUUUACUGUGUGUUCCCAGACCCUGAAGAAGUAUCUAGCUUUUGAUGUCUUCUGCAAGAACAAAGGCUACCAAAUCUAUACCCUUGGAGUUACCUGGAUGGUGAUGGGUUUUGUUCUGCCUCUUGUUUAUUUGGUACCCUAUGCCAUCUUGAAUGGAGUAGAGGAACAGAAAGCAGCCCUCCUAAUUUCCAUUAUUGGAUUCAUCAACAUAUUUAUGCGCCCAAUUGCAGGCCUUCUCUCAGGUCUUAGUGUCUUCACUGGCAGGAGGAUCUACCUGUUUAGCUCAGCUGUGAUGCUCAAUGGCCUGAGCAACCUCAUCUGUGCUGUGUCAGCUGAGUAUAGUAUUCUUGUCCUCUACUGCUCGGUCUAUAGCGUCUCCAUGAGUGUCAUCGGUGCACUUCUCUUCCAAGUGUUAAUGGAUGUAGUGGAAAUGGACAGGUUCUCUAGUGCCUUGGGUCUUUUCACCAUCUUGGAAAGUAUCACCAUUCUUAUCGGACCUCCUCUUGCAGGUCUUCUUGUGGAUGUUACAGGACACUUUAGUUAUGUCUUCUAUGCUUCCAGCUUCUUCAUGGUAACAGCUUCUCUGUUCAUGGGUCUUAGCUUUUGCAUGUUGGAAGCCAAAAACAAACAGAAAGAGGUUAAUAAGCCACUCUCUGAAGAUCUCUCCAAAGGAAAAUACAUAGAGGUGCCAACUGAAUUUGUGCCUGUGAAGAACAGUCCUCCUGAAGUAAUGUAUAUAACAAGCAUCUGAAGGCAAAGGAGCUGAAGGAAUAUUGUAUUAUGCAAAAAUGCAAAAGCCGGGGGAAGGGACAUCACGCAGAGAAGUGCCUCUUUUUCAUGCUCACCUCCUUCCUGCUACAAUGGUCUACUCAACUGGGUUCGGUUCAGAUUUCUAGAGAAAUUAUCCAGAUAAGAAGAGACACAAGCACUAAGGAGCACUUUAAACAAAAUGUAUAAGAUGCAAUUCUUAUGACAGCAUCUGAUAUUACUUGAAGUAUAGCAAAUUAUCAGGUUUUCUUACAGACUCUUAGUAAAAACAGGACAUUUACCCUUUUGGUUGUUAACUAUCUCGUUCUCUAAAACAAGCAAGCCCAGCAUAUUAUUACUUAUACAGGACAUUUGGUUUUGGAGAAGUCAAUUGGUUGCAAUUAAGCUUGUAUUGAAGUCAACUGGUGGACUUCUUUCCAAGCGUAAGUGCAGAAUUCUUAUUUAUUGAUCAUUACUGCUAGUUUCUUGAAUGUUAAGCAGAAUUGUUCAUCCCUGUUUUAUAAUUUGAGGGCAUUUUCUAGAGGAAUGUAUCACGUAUAAAGCAGCCUGAGUGGAAUUAUAUGCACUGCUAUAACCAAAGUGAAUAUUUUCUGCAUUUCAAAGCCUUUUUAUGGAGAGAAUAAAGUCUUAAUCCCGAAACUGCAACUUGAAGUAAAAGUGGACAGCUCCAAAGUGCCUAUGCAUUAACCAAUAGUGGCUUAAAUUUUUCUUCCUCUUUGAAUGUAUGUCGCUGCAUGACACUUUCUAGAGCUGUGGUGGUGCAGUGAUUAGAAUGCAGUAUUGCAGAUUAAUUCUGCUGACUGCCAGCAGUUCGAGUCUCACCUGCUCAAGGUUGACUCAGCCAUCCAUCCUUCCGAGGUCAGUAAAAUGAGGACCCACAUUUUUAGGGGCAAUAGGCUGACUCUGUAAACUGCUUAAAGAGGGCUGUAAAACACAGUGAAGUGGUAUAUAAGUUUAAGUGCUAAGUCAUGACCAUACAGUGAAGUGGUCAUCUUAUUUUUGGAGGGACCAGUAGAUCCUAUCACUUUCAAAAUGUCAGUAUGGUACAGGAAGUCAUUUUUGUUCUUGUUUUUACUGGGGUUUAAAAGGCUUCAAAUAGUCUCUGCAGAGCCAACUCUUUACAUACAUAAAGAUACGUAUAGGAGUAAAAAGGUAAUCUUAUUGGUUUAAAGGAAAUUAGGUCUUAGAAAUGCUGCUUCUCUCAGGCAAUAGGUUGAAAUAAAGACCAUUUCUGCUCUGGACUGGAAUUCUCAACAAAACUAUAUAGUGAAGAGGAUGUUAUUUCUCUUAAAUCUGUUUCUUAAAGGAACUGUUUUACUCUGAACAUGAUUUGCUUUUCCUAGUUUCUUUUAAAACAGCAGUAUUUAUAUUGGAACAUGUAUGUUUCAAUCCAGGCUGGCUUACUUGCUUUUGACAGUUCAGAUUUUCAUUUAAUAUUCUACUCUUCCAAUUCUCUGUAUCUCUCUGUAAACAUUCAGCUUAUUUAAGUCUUCUGAAGUCCAUAGUGGUUUCUAAUGAAAUAAAAUAUUGGCUAGGAACUCAAGCACUUAAGAUUCAAAAGAACAGAUGUUGAAAUGAAAUAAGAAGGCAGUCACAGCCCUAUUGAUCAACCUAAAAGUUGACUUUAUGUGAAUUGAAAUGACAGGAAUGUAGGAUUGGCCCAAAGCGUAUUUGUGUCCGGAAGGAUUAAAAGUAGCCCAAGAUUACUUUGUGCUUCAAAUAACUGGGAGAGGAUGGGGGUGGAAGAAGGGGAAAAGGAAUUUACUAGAAUUGGAUGGAAGCUGAACUUCCAAAUGUCACGUCCACAAACAUGGUUUGGAAAAACCCUACUCUGAAAGUCAGACCUCCAAACUUUUAAAGUCUGGAUGGGUUAUUUUUCCAGCAUGAUACAGUGAAAAUAAACUUGCGUAUGUGAAUCUCUAUGAACAUAGUGUAUACAGAACAGAAAGAGGAAAAUCUAUCUGCAUAGGACAAACAAAAUGUAUUUUCAAUCUUAAAACACACUUCAGUUAUUAAAAGGCUACUGAGAUUACAGUGUGACAAGUCAUGAAGGAUACUUUGACCUAUCUGUAGACUGUCUAUAAUACUAAGUGGAAAUUUUAAAAUCAGUAGCAGUGAGGGUUGCUGCUAUCUUUAUGCCCCCCUUUUUAAGAUGUCUAGGGAUUAUCUAGCUGGCUAAUAUAGUGGAAACAGAAAACUUUAGUCUAAAUUCUUAGGUUUCUUACAUUAUACAAAACUAAAUACCCUGAAGAUCUAAUGCAAGAAUGUAAUAAAAUUUAUUCAAUAUUAAGUACUCCCCAUCCACUGCAUGGAAUCUUUUCUUUAAAAAAGUGUAAGCUAUUUGAUAGGCAGGUUGGUUAGAUGGUUGUCUUAAAGUAAUUUGCAAUGCCUUAUUUUCAUGAUUGUGGUCAGUUUAUUACUAGAUAACUGAAUUAUUUACUGGAAAUUUUAUGGGAAGCCUUUCAAAUAUCUAUGUAAGUCAAAUGCACUCAGUUACCAUUGCAAACUUGGGAGCACUAAAGUGUAUCAGUAGAGAAGCUUUUAAAAUGCAACAAAAAGCUAUUGUGCUUGUUUCAGGAUUAAAAGACAUCUUGUUAUUUCUUUUCUCUGAAUACAUCAUUUGAAAAGGGUCCAAGUCUGCUUUUUUCUAUUCUUUUUGAAUAAAGCCUCUCUACAUAAAGAUUUUUGAAGAUACUG